AACAACUUAAGAUACAACAUGAACCUCCCCACCUCAACAACAGAUUACUCCCACCUCCUCAACGACCCCGAAGAACCCAUCCUCCCCCUCCCCACCCUCCCCGUCCCCAUCUCCCGCAAAAUCAAACAAUUCGCCUUCUUCCGCCGCAAACUCGACCGCCUCGUCGCCGGCGACAUCACCCCCCUCGACGCGGCCCUCGACUUCGACGCCUGCAUCACCGCCGCCGCCAACCAGCGCCACGAGGCCCUCGCUGCCCGGCUGAAGGACGCGCGGACCCGCCCCCUCGCCCACCGUCCGGACCCCACGCCGGCCCGGAUCUCGAAACCCCUCGAGAUCGGGCCCGAUCCGAUCGCCUCCGCGGUCUUGUUGUUGGAUUUCGUCGCGACGUAUUGCUCGUCGGUUCCCCCGUGGUGUCCAGCCCAGGAGAGGCUGGUGGCCUUUGUGGCGGCGUUGAAGGCCUUGCCCGUGCAUGGGGUGUUGGACGGUCCGCCCCCCGAGGAUCCGGCGAAGCCGCAUCAUCGCGUCUGGUUGUGGGCGUUUGAGUGCACUUGGCUGGGCGAGAUCGCGGUGGAGGGCUUCGAGUCUGUCGGGAGGGAAAACUGUCACUGCGGCCCCGACUUCGCCAUCCCCGGCAGCGAGAAACAGCUCCGCUGGCGGUACCUCCAAUCCGCCGUGGCGCGCAUCACCGCCGCGGGUCUCCUCGACUGUCGCUCCGUCUGUGCCCUCGAGUACCUCGUCCCGACGAGUCCCCGCUAUCCCGAUAUCAGGAACGAGGAGAUCGACUGGGCCCAUGCCAUCAGUGGGGAUGUGCUGGCUAGCGCCGAGUGGAUCCUCCGUCCGGGAAUGGGGCGAUACGUCUUCGAGCAGUGUCUGCGGCGCGAGACGGUGGACAACCCCACGCAGAUGUGGAGUCAGGAGCGCUGGGUGGGUUGGAAAGAGCAGUUCCGGUCCGUGGUGCAGCACCCGCGCGUGACGGCGCAGGCGAGAGACGUCUCCUGGGCCAUCCUGCAGCAGAUGCUGGCCGUCGAAGAGGAGUAUGUCCGCCAGUUGUGCGUGCUGUCCCUGUAUCCGUCUCCAUAUCCGUGUUUUCCACCUUCAUCUUAUGUCCCAUUGGGCUGAGACCGAUCCAACGCUAUUGAUAUAACCAAUCCUAUUGUGAAAAUAACAGAAACCACUGGGCCGGAUGCAACGGUGUACUGUCAAGGGAGAUACCCACGAGGGCGC